CGCGCCCGCCUCCUUUUGCCUUUGCUCAGCGGGCGGAAGCGCAGUUCGACGUGAGAGGCGGGAGGAGGGGUCUUUGGUGGCAGCUGUUCCGGUCUCGAGGGGUUUCCUGGUUUGCAGCAGGCAGCGCUAAUAAAAUACUUACCAUGUUGUUCAGUGGAUAUGGCGAUGCAGAAGCAUUUGAAGAUGAUCCUUAUUCUGAAGGGUCUUCCAGUGAAACAAGCAUUGAUAGUGAAGUAGAAUUUCAUCUUUACAGUCAAGUCCAUUAUGCACAAGACCUUGGUGAUGUCGGUGAAAAUAACAAUAAGGAUGUCAAAGGACAACAAGAAUUUAAGUCCUUGAAGAAAGAGAAAUCAGAGAAUGAACAAAAUCAGAGAAAUAACUUAAUUCUCAUUUCAGAUAGUGAUGUUAACAGUUCAGAUAGCUCAGAUGUCAUAAUAUUGUCUGAUACCCUUGAGGAAGAUAGCAUUUAUGAAAGUAAACUCCAGAAACUAACAACAUCAGUGUCUCCAACAUUACGUAAAUUAAAUAAGACUGCUUACUCUCGUGCCAAAAAAGCUAUUGAACACCCUUCCCAGCCUAUCCUGAAAUCUGAGGAUCAAAUUACGGUAAAUUCAAGUAAAGCAAGAAAGGGUAAUGAAAAGGCAAUCUUAAAUAACCAAGAUGAUGUUCACAUGAUUCAUAGAGUUUUAGUAACUGAGGACAAUUCCAGAAGUGAUGAUGAAAUUGAUGUGUCAAGUAUAUCCUCUGAAAGUGAUAAUGUGGAGAGCUGGAUGCUGCUGGGAAGUGCCGCAGAUGACAAAGAUGAUGAUAUCCUGUUAAACCUUGAAGGCUGUAGAACUUCAGCCAGUGGAGGAGAAGAUACAACAGGAUGGACCAUCAGUGAUAAAGACUUACAGGCACAGAUUGGUAAUUAUGUUUCAGUGCGACAUAACAACAGAUACUACACAGCGGACAAAAACGUCACUUGCAGAAAUUGUGAUAAACGAGGUCAUUUAUCAAAAAAUUGCCCUGCCCCAAAGAAAAUUCCACCCUGUUGUCUUUGUGCACAGAGAGGUCACCUGCAAAACAGCUGUCCAGCACGAUUUUGUUUAAAUUGUUGUUUGCCAGGACACUGUUCUAGAGAGUGCCCUGAGAGAAUGUACUGGAAAAAACAUUGCAACCGCUGUGAUAUGAGAGGUCAUUAUGCAGAUGCUUGCCCAGAAAUAUGGAGGCAGUAUCACCUAACAACUAGACCAGGACCACUCAAGACAGCUGACUCUUAUUCUGUGCAACCUGCUUCACCAUACUGUUACAACUGUGGAGAAAAAGGCCACUAUGGAUUUGAAUGCUUGGAGAGGCGAAUGUUUGGAGGAAUAUUUCCUACUUUCCCCUUUAUCUAUUACUAUGACAAUGAAUAUGACAUCAAGAGGAGCCUUCAGAGAGCAAAGAAAAAAGUGCAAGAACUUCAGGAAGCUGGCCUUCUACCAGAGUCUCCAAACAGACCACACAGAGAUUAUGAUCGAGAAGAGCACAAACGUAAGAAAAAGAGGGAAGCUUGGAAGGAACAUGACAAGAGGGGAGAUCAUAAGAACCUAAGGAAAAAGUCUCAUGCAGAUCUAGUCAAAGAAAGGAAGCAUAAGAAGAAAUUUCAAAGCAACUAUAUGAUAGAAGAGUGCUUUCCUAGAGGGGGCCACGUGAAUGCACAUAAGAGGUGCAGACGGAAAACUCCUCAUCAUCAAAGUGUUGGCUUUCUGGCAGAUGGCAAAACUGAAAAUCACCGAGUUUCUAUAGAGUCAGGAAAAAGGCGGAAGAGAAAGAAAAAGCAGAAGAGCCACACAAACAAUAGUUGCACCAGGGAUGAAAGCUUAUUUCUUAUCAAACAGAAGAAAAAGAAAAUGACACCGAAAACCAGCUUGAUCUGAGGUGGAGCUUUAUUCCUUCCACAAAACGCACACUGGGCUAUCACAGCACAGAGAGUGUAUCGGUAACCAUUCCACAAGGAGAGAGCCUCUUGGUUUGUAAUGACAAAGUUAUUUAUGCAUUAGAGCAGGGGUCUCCAACCUUGGCAACUUUAAGACUUGUGGACUUCAACUCCCAGAGUUCCUCAGCCAGCUUUGCUGGCUGAGGGAUUCUGGAAAUUGAAGUCCACAAGUCUUAAAAGUUGCCAAGGUUGGAGACCCCUGGAUUAGAGGUACAUUAUUUGAUAAAUGUUUUUACGAUUCCUGCAUUGGAUAGACUUUAGAGAAAAGGGGUGGGGAGUGACAAGAUGAAAGCAAUUUUUUUUAAAAAAAAAAAACAUUUCCUCAGUUGCAUACACACUUUGUAAAUCUGUGUCUCAAAAUACAUCUGCUUAAUGCAUAUAGUCUAUUUGCACGCAAACUUUGAAGGAAAAAUAGACAAAUUGACAGGUGACCCAGGUAUGGAUACAAAAACAAAUCGAGGUAGCCAUUUCACCUGCUUAAUAGAAGGGAGAAAAAGAAAAGUGCAAAUGAUUUGCGUUUACAGGCCUUAGGAUGAUCUAGUGGCAUCAUGUUUCCUCUGCUGAUUUGUUUUGAAAAAUGUACGGAAUGAAUUUAAGAAACGGGGAAGGAUGUUGUAUGAGAAAUAUUAUUUGCUUCCUAAUUUAUUUUCCCCACAGAGUGUUUCAGGAUGUGGCCAUAUUAUGCCACAUUCUUAGGUAGGAUUAUCCUCAAAUUUGUCAUAGACUUAGCACUAUAAUUUGACUUGACGGGCCAGGUCAAUCUUUGUUCAAGUGAGAUAAGUGUAAGUGGCAUUGAAGUCCAAUUUUUAAAGUAUAUAAUCACGUACGGCUUUUUCAUGUUUCUGAGAAAUAAAUUAUUUUAUAACUCAUUUUAUUAAAAUGAGGUAUUUUUGUACUUUGAAUUGCAAUUCAAAAUUUACGUCUGAAAAACAUUGCAUAACAUAAAGGGAAAGUAACCAUUUUGAUGCCUGCUUUGUUUCUUUUUCAAAAUCAAGUAUUUUAUCUUCUUUCUUUAAUUCUGUCAAUUUCAUGUGACCCCUGGUGAGACUUCAGCUUCCCAAACAUGCUGCUUUUUUCACUCUUGUUAAUUUCUAUGUGAAAAGAUGUAUUUUACAUAGAGGGUUGAUUAUUAAACAUUAAAAUGUUA